AUGGAGCCGGUGCUGCUGCCCCCAAGGAGAUGGGACCCCGGCCCCGUACACCCCUCCACUACCUCUCACCGUCUGUCAGUGGAGGAUGACUUCCAGUUCAUCCUUUGCGAGGGCUGCAGGCAGGAAUCACCCAACCUCAAGCUCCUCUCUUGCCUCCACACCUUGUGCCUCGAUUGCUUGAGCGAGAAGAAGCCCAUCGGGCAGUGCCCCGUGUGCCGGACACCCAUCCCACAGGCCAACGGUGUCGCAGACAUGGACAACCUGCUCUUCACCAACCUGCAGGCCAGGCUCAAGGUCUACAAGAAGAUCAGAGACAGCGAUGGCCCGAGUUGCAGCCGAUGCCACAGGGAAGCGGCAGCAGUGUGGUGCUCUGAGUGUGAGGAGUUUCUCUGCACCAAGUGCUUUGAGGACCACCAAUGGUUCUUCAAGAAGAUGAGCCAUGAAGCCAGGAAGGUGGAGGAGCUUCGUGCCGAGUCAGCCCGUCAUUUCCUGGAAGACACCAGAAAGCCCUGCAACCUCUUUUGCUCCCAACCUGGUCAUACUGACCAGCUCUGCAGGUGA